UAAAACCAAAGGUGGGGCAAAAAAAAACUUGAAUGUUUGUGACGGGGAAAAUGAGCAACACCGCCUGAAAGUAAACUAAAUUUAGUCUGCUUCUCUUUUUGCCUAACCGCUGCCUGUUUAGUUAGUGCUGCUGUUUUAAUGUAACAUUUAAUUUAAAGGAAGAGGAUUGGAGCUGCAGAAAAAAAACCAUCCAAGUAAUGUUGACAGGAGUCGCACCAUCUACCUUCCCGUUUGCUUUUAUUCUACACCGCUGAAUUUUUUCCGAUCACUUCUGCUGCAUUUAAUGUUCAUCAAACAUCUGAGCUGUAUUUUCGGAGGAGGAGAUUUUUAACCGGACGUGGAAAAGGACUUAAUUUGCUGUUUUCAAAUGAACAAGGACGCUGAGAAAUAGCUGAAUCCUCUGACAGGCUUCAGAUUAUUUAGUUUUACCUGCAAACAGGUGAGCUACUUUCAUGUGUGCGAGUGUUUGCCAGCUCUGAUGGUAGCAGCGAGAACGCGUCACCUGUGAGAGGAUCCAAGCGCCUCACCAUGACAGAGGUCCAGAGUCCGUGGCCACAGGGCACAGAGUGUGUGGCAAGGUACAACUUCAAAGGCACGUCGGAGCAGGAUCUGCCCUUUAACAAAGGAGACGUUUUGACUAUCAUCAUUGUCACAAAAGAUCCCAACUGGUACCAUGCUAAAAACGCUGCUGGUCAAGAGGGAACAAUCCCAGCUAACUACGUGCAGAAAAGAGAAGGUGUGAAAUCUGGAGGCAAGCUGAGUUUAAUGCCAUGGUUUCAUGGGAAGAUAACACGAGACCAGGCCGAGCGGCUGCUUCACCCUCCUGAGACAGGCCUGUUCUUGGUGAGAGAGAGCACCAACUUCCCUGGUGACUACACUCUGUGUGUGAGCUGUGACGGGAAGGUGGAGCACUACCGCAUUAUCUACAAAAACGGCAAGCUCACUAUUGAUGAAGAGGCCUAUUUUGAGAACCUCAUGCAGCUGGUUGAGCACUACACCAAAGAUGCAGACGGCCUGUGCACCAAGCUGAUUAAGCCAAAGCUAGAGGAGGGCACUGUGGCUGCUCAGGACGAGUUCUCCAGGAGUGGAUGGUCUAUGAGCAGAAAAGACUUGAAGCUUCAUCAGGUUAUUGGUAAAGGAGAAUUUGGAGAUGUCAUGGUGGGAGACUACCGAGGGACGAAAGUAGCUGUGAAGUGCAUAAAAAACGAUGCUACAGCUCAGGCCUUUAUUGCAGAAGCCUCUGUUAUGACGCAACUACGGCACAAUAAUCUGGUCCAGCUGCUUGGUGUGAUCGUAGAGGAGAAUGGAAGUCUUUUUAUAGUUACGGAGUAUAUGGCAAAGGGCUGUUUAGUUGACUACCUACGGUCCAGAGGGCGUACGGUACUUGGUGGAGAGGCACUCGUUAACUUUUCUUUAGACGUCUGUGAAGCCAUGGCUUAUCUGGAGGCCAACAACUUUGUUCAUCGAGAUCUAGCAGCGAGAAACGUACUUGUGUCGGACGACAACAUCGCCAAAGUCAGUGACUUUGGUUUGACCAAAGAGGCUUCCUCUACUCAAGAUACUGCUAAGCUUCCUGUUAAAUGGACGGCGCCAGAAGCCCUCAGAGAAAAGAAAUUUUCCACCAAAUCGGACGUUUGGAGCUACGGUAUUUUACUAUGGGAGAUUUACUCCUUUGGCCGAGUUCCCUAUCCAAGAAUUCCGUUAAAAGAUGUUGUGCCUCGCGUGGAGAAGGGCUACAAAAUGGACUGUCCGGACGGCUGUCCUGAAGUGGUUUAUAACAUCAUGAAACAGUGCUGGAACCUGGAUCCUGCAGCGCGACCAAGCUUUCAGAUGCUGAGGGAGUGGCUACAACAUAUUAGCCACAAAAAAUGAUCAUCUGCGUUCCGUUUUGUCUCUUCAGAGCAAGGACUGCCAAUUUUGCUCAUCGUCAAAGCUUGUUUUUUGUUGUGUUUUUCCAAACAUUUGCUUCUGAUCGCCGUGCUUCAUAUCAGAUUGUUUGACAUUCUCCAGCUUUCAAAGGCUGGACGGUUUCUGUCGUCUUUCGAAACUUCCUCUGGAGUCAAUAAUUCAUUUUAAUAACAUCAAGUCCUUUCUUAAAACGGGACCAAAGUGCAGUAACAUUUUAUAUCCCUCAUCAUAUUGGUGCCAUCCUUUAAGUGUUUCAACUUGUCAACAGAGACAAAGAGGAAAUGUACUCUUAGUAGGAUUUUGUUUAUCGUUACUGGAUGUAUUAUAAUUGAUAUUAUUAUUUUCUAAGUCUCCAGGUACAUGCCAUUUUUUCUGUGUUGAAUUGUUUUGUUAAAGUAGCCAAACUAAAAUGGGAGUUAUAAGCAGCUUUAUUUGUCAUUAUCUCAUAAUGUUGAACACAUAAAACCUAUUAGUUCAUCUGUCCGUGAAAAGUAGAAGCUCUUAAAGACGUUUCUGUGCCAAGGUGAAGACUUCAGCUCAGAAUGUUGAAUCUGACAGACAAAAGAAAAUUAUUCCAUUAAUCUUUUAGGGAUUCAGACUCCUUGGAAAACCAUUGGUAAUAAAUGUAAUGUGCCGCCAUUUUCGACAUUAAAAAUAUAGUUGUAAAAUGUAGACUUUGGGAUUGUAUUCAAUAAACAACUUUGAAUGUA